AUGGCUGCUGAAGUCGCCUACAUGCACGCCUCAAAGAUUGCCAAUGCUUCGGGGGCCCUCAGAUAUCUCAACAGGGUGGGCUCCUCGAAAGUUGCUCGUCUGGCGGACUCAGCUCCACGAGAAGUCGUGGAUGAUAUCUUCAGCUGCGCCUUGAAAAAACAAACUGGUGUCAGCCUAAAGUAUAUGCUGGACUUUGGGGCAAACCCCAUUGAGCGCCAGCUUAUUCUUUCAGCACAGUUCCUUCACAACGAGCUGCCCGUCAGGCUAGCCCACAGGGUUGCAGAGCUAGAGAACUUACCGUUUGGUCUGUCAGCAAAGUCGCCAGUGAUAAAGGUUCGGGACUGGUAUGUGGAAUCUUUCAAGGAGCUCAGACAAUUCAAGCCCAUCCGUGAUUUGGACAGCGAGCUCAAGUUCACGGAGCUGUUGAAGCACAUCUACCACAGACACAGGAAUGUGGUGCCAGUCAUGGCCAUUGGUGUGGCAGAGUUGAAAAAGGAGUUGAGGGCGGAAGGCAAUGGGCUGACAGAAUUCCCAGAGAUCCACCAAUUUCUGGAUGGCUUCUACCUCAGCCGCAUUGGCAUCCGUAUCCUCAUCGGCCAGCACAUUGCCUUGCAUGAACCUCAGAGGGAGAACCACAUCGGGAUGAUCUGCACCAAGUGCUCGCCAGUCCAGGUGGCCAACGAUGCCAUUGCUGAUGCGCGCUCAGUGUGCAUGCGGGAGUAUGCCACCGCCCCAGAGGUGUCUGUGUACGGGGACCCUCGCUUCACCUUUGCCUACGUGCCGUCACAUCUUCAUCACAUGACCUUCGAGCUGGUGAAGAAUUCCCUCAGGGCAGUAAAUGACAGGUUUGAGGAUGCAGACAAUGAGCCGCCACCUGUGAGGGUGGUUGUGGCGGAGGGAGAUGAGGAUGUCACCAUUAAGGUGUCGGACGAGGGGGGCGGCAUUCCCCGGUCGGGCCUGCCGAGAAUAUGGACGUACCUGUACUCCACGGCGCAAUCGCCGCUGCCAGACAUGGACGACAGCGUGGAGGGCGCAGAUGGCCCCGCGGUGCUGGCCGGCUACGGAUAUGGCCUGCCCAUCUCCCGCCUCUACGCGCGCUACUUUGGCGGGGACCUGCAGAUCACCUCCAUGGAGGGCUACGGCACCGACGCCUACCUGCACCUCAACCGCCUCGGCAAUGUGCAGGAGCCGCUGCCCUGA